AUGAACUUCAACACACCACCCACACUUCUGGAGCUGGGAAGAAGAAGCCUGCUGCAAGAUGAAGCCUUGACCGUCUCAGCUCUGCAGGAACUUCCCUUGGAGCUCUUCCCAGCACUCUUCAAGGAUGCGUUCAGCAGUGAACAAAGUAUCAUCCUGAGGCAUAUGGUGGUAGCCUGGCCCUUCCCAUGCCUUCCUGUGGGAGCGCUGAUGAGGACACCUCAUCUAGAGACCUUGAAGGCUGUGCUGGGUGGCCUGGAUUUGCUGUUGGCACAAAAGGUUCAACCAGGGAGGUGCAAGCUACAAGUGCUUGAUUUACGAGAUGUCAACCACAAUUUCUGGAAUGUGUGGACUGGAAUGGAGGAUGGCGUCUUCUCUCCAGAUAUUAGCCAUCCACAAUCAUUGAUUUAUCAUCCCAUACAAAAGGGAAAACAGGCAGUGACCGUGUGGAUAAACCUUUCUGUAAAUCCCAGGCAUUCAAGUAAAUACAAUGAAUAUUUUUAUCAGUGGGCAAAGGAGAGAAAAGAUGUAGUACAGGUGAACUGUCAGAAGAUAGAAUUUUGGACCAACCCUUUCUACGACCCAUGUCUUUUGGAUAUAGUUGAGCCAAGUUCUAUCCAGGAAUUGGAAGUGUAUGAACACUGGGACCUGGAAACCCUUGCAAUGUUAGCCCCUGACCUGGGCCAGAUGAUAAACCUUCAAAGACUCCUUCUCCAUAAUAUCCACAUAUCUUUGAAUUGGCUUGGAAAUAAAGAGGUGGAAGAUUAUUAUGUAAGAAUGAUCAUUCCCCUUUUCUCUAAACUCGACAAGCUCCAGCAUCUCUAUUUGAAUGAUGUCUGCUUUGUGAAUGAACACCUGGACCAAGUGCUCGGGUGCUUAAACAGUCCCUUGGAGACCCUUGUAAUCACUCGCUGCAAGUUGUCAGAGUUAGAUAUGAGUCAUCUCUCCCAGUGUCCAAGAGUCCAUCAGCUCAAGCACCUGGAUCUGAGUGGCGUUGACUUUAUAAAUUUAAGUCAUGAAUUUCUAGCAAGACUUCUAAAAAGAUUGACAGCUACAAUGCAGAAGUUAAAAUUGAAGAGUUGUAUGAUCACGGAUUUCCAAAUGGAUGUCCUCCUGCCUGCUCUGAGCCAAUGCUCCCAGCUCACUGAGGUUGAUUUUCUGAUGAACUUCUUAUCUAUGGACAUCCUGAAGAAGCUGCUACAGCACACUGCCAACCUGAGACAGCUUACCAAAGAAAUGUACCCUGCCCCCUGUGAGGUCUAUGAUGAAUUUGGUAAUGUUCUCCCACACCGAUUUCAACAACAUUGUUCGGAUCUUAUGGGCACACUCAAGGUUAUAAGGCAGCCAAAAGAGAUCUGCUUUAUGAGUAACAUUUGUGCAGGGUGUGGAGAAUACUCUGUCUACAACUUGGAGGCCGUGCUAUGUUCCUGUUGGCAAUGA